AUGGCUCAAAAUCUCUCCUUCGUCCUUGAGAAGCCGGGAAGCGUCAAGUAUGAAGACAGGCCGGUUCCGCAGCUCAAGAAUGACCAUGAUGUGAUUGUCAACGUCAAGUACACCGGAAUCUGCGGUAGCGAUGUCCACUACUGGGUGCAUGGACGCAUUGGCUCCUUCGUGGUCGAGGCGCCAAUGGUGCUGGGCCAUGAGUCGUCGGGCGUGGUGCACAGCGUAGGCUCGAAGGUGAAGACGCUGAAGCCGGGCGACCGCGUGGCCAUGGAGCCCGGCAUCCCGUGCCGGCGCUGCGUGCGCUGCAAGGAGGGCAACUACAACCUCUGCCCCGAAAUGGCCUUCGCCGCCACCCCGCCCUUCGACGGCACCCUCGCCAAGUACUACACCGUCCCCGAGGACUUUUGCUACAAGCUCCCCGAGAACGUCAGCCUCGAGGAGGGCGCGCUGGUCGAGCCGGCGAGCGUCGGCGUGCACAUCUGCCGCAUGGCCAAGGUCGUGCCGGGCGAGAGUGUGGUCGUGUUCGGCGCGGGCCCGAUUGGCUUGCUGUGCUGUAAGGUGGCGAGGGAGGUGUUUGGCGCGACGACGGUGGUCGUCGUGGACGUAAACGAGGAGAGGUUGAAGUUCGCGCAGGGAUACGCCGCGACGCAUAUUUUCAGGAGCGCGAAGGUCUCGCCUGAGGAGAAUGCGAAGAAGAUGAUCGAGGAGUGCGGUCUCGGCCCCGGUGCGGACGUCGUCAUCGAUGCGAGCGGUGCAGAGGUGUGCAUCCAGACCGCCAUCCACGUCGCGAGGGUGGGUGGAAGGUUCACGCAGGGCGGUAUGGGCAAGCCUGAUAUCACUUUCCCCAUCGGCGCCAUGUGUGCCAAGGAGCUCCACGUCACGGGAAGCUUCCGCUAUUCGUCCGGCGACUACCAGCUUGCUGUCGAUAUGAUCGCGUCCGGAAGGUUGAGCGUCAAGGAGCUCAUCAGCAAGAAGGUCUCGUUCGAGGGUGCGGAGGAGGCGUUCAGCAACGUCAAGCAGGGCAAUGGCAUCAAGUGGCUCAUUGAGGGCCCGAACUAA